AUGGGCGAAGACCGAUAUGAACUAGAUUCUUUUAAUAGUACACCUGCUGAUAUGAGCACAGCAACUCCCGACAGUAACUUUUAUGAUGUCGAGGAUAGACAGGGGAAAUCCGGGACGAAAGUUGAACAGGAAAGCUUUGAGGGAGCGGAGCAGGAAGAUUUGGAACUUGAUCUGCGAGAUCCACAUACGUUCCCCUUAGUGUUAGCGUCUCUAUGGACGAGCUCUGCUCUCUCAGCUUUGGAUGGAACCAUUGUGUCGACAACGAUAAAUGAUGUUGCUUCGAGAUUUCAGCAAGCCUCCUUAGUUACAUGGGUGGCUACGAGUUACUUGCUUACUACAUGCAGCGCUCAGCCUUUAUACGGUAAAAUAAGUGAUAUCAUUGGAAGGAGAAAGUGCUUACUCUUUGGACAAUUUGUAUUUGCUAUCGGUAUCAUUUUCUGUUCCGUAGCCAGAACCAUUCCACAACUGGCAAUUGCUCGAGCAAUAUGCGGGAUCGGUGGUUCUGGAACGAGUGCAAUGACCAACAUCAUUCUAUCAGAUAUGGUUCCCCUUUCAGAAAGGGCGAAAUACUGGGGUUAUGGAUCAGUGCUGUGGGCCAUUUUUCAGUCGAUUGGGGGUCCACUAGGAGGUAUAUUGUUGGAAUAUUUCGGAGUCAGUGGAUUAUUCAUUCCGCAAAUACCUUUUUGCAUUGCUCCGUUGUAUCUCUCCUGGAAAUAUGUAUGGGACUACAACGAGGACACCAAGAAAUCUUGGAAAAAAAUAGAUUUUGGUGGGAGUCUGUGUUUAUUACUGAUGAUAUCUUCAUUCAUUGUUCUUCUUUCAAACAAUAAUGAUGGAUCAUUAGAACAUGUAUCAUGGCCACCUCAUAAGAAAGCCAGUUUAGUGAUCUUCGUUUCAUCAUUACUUACUUUUGCAUUUGUUGAAAAUUACGUUGCAGUUGAGAACAUUAUACCUUUUUCAGUCAUAAAAGGUACUCUUGGAUUAGUUGCCAUUAUAUAUGGGUUGGUUGCUUUAAUAAACUAUACAUGCUUGUUUGUGGUUCCAUUAUACCUUCAGCUAAUCUGGGGCGUGAGUGUCAGUCAAUCUGGCUGGUAUAUCAUGUGUGUUGUCAUCUCGUCUGCAGCAGGAGCUCUUUGGUCAGGUUGGAUAGUUAAAAAGUUCUCGAACACUGAUCGUCAUGCCACAAUAUAUUACUCGGCAGUUUUGCUGUUUCUGAUGACAUUGCUAACUCUGUUCGGGUACGCUGGCAUCUACCAAGCUGUUCGAAAUAGUUCCCCAGUGAUGGCUGGAGACAAAAUAAAUCCAUUCUUCAAUGUCAGAAUGAUAUUCGGUAUAAGUACUCUUGGGUUCUCCCAGGGCUCACAAAAUGUUACUGUUAUGCUAUUCAAUGUUGCGAAAGUAGGAAGAAAGGGACAGGCUUCCUCAACGAGUGUAAAUUUCCUAUUCCGCUCCCUGGGGAAUGUUCUCAGCGUGUCAAUUGCGUUAACAAUGUUCACAAAUUCUCUUAGAGGAGAGCUUAGUGAAGCACUCCUUGGAAAAGAUGAUGAUCUGCUGCUAACUUUACUCAAAGAUAAUGCUUAUUUGAGGAGUCCCUCAAUGCCUGCAACACACAUCAAAACUAUAAUGGAUGCGUUCCGAAAAUCUUUGUUGAAUAGCUUCUUACCAUGCAGAUGGUCUGUCAUUCUAAAUGUGCUAUUUGGAAUUUUUCUACUUAUAGUAGUAAACAGGAAGCUAAGAAGGAUAAUAACGUGA